AUGACAACUACCUCUUCUACAACAGCUACUACUAUCAGCAACUUUGUAAAUGGUACCACUAACAUCAAUUAUAAUAGCAGAGGAUUCCUCCCUAACAACAAUGUUUAUGACGAUGAUUAUUCAAAUCAUCAUCCUCUUCAACAAUACUUUACUACAGCUAAUAAUGAAUGUUUACCUAAUCAGUAUACAGAGUCAGACGAUGAAGUCUAUUUCUCUCAAUCACCAAUGAAAUCUAAAUUCAAUCUGAAAUCAUCAUUAUUACCACUACCAUCAUCAUCAUCAUCAUUGCCGAAAUCAAGAAAUGUUGUAAUAAAUGAUCACUUUGAUUCCAUUCCACAUUCUUCUACAUCUUUUUCAUCAAUUAGUUAUAAAGGUCAUCAAAAAGCCUUAUCACUUGGCACAGGUUUUGAUUUAUGUCAAAAUUAUUCUAAUGCUGUUACCAUUGAUAAUAGUAAUCAUGAUAAUAGUACUUUGUUCCCUUCUUAUGAAAUGAAUAAAAAGUUGACUGGGCAUAGACUUCAUCGUUCUGUUGUCAAAUCACGUGGUCGUCUUGGUCCACCAUUAACAGAGGAUUUAAUGCGUAAAUUUCAGUGUAUUACUGUACCAUUGAAAAAACAAACUGAAAAAUCGUCUAAAAGUUGGAUAUAUCGAUUUCAUUCUAAGCUCUAUGUUCAUUGUAGUCGUAUACGCUUAGUCUACCUAAUUAUGAUAUUGAAGUUUACCGUUUUAAUAUGUUUUAUUGAAAUAUUAUAUCGUUCACGAGGAUGCUUUAAUUGGUUAUUUUUCUCUGGACCACAGAAAUAUCUAUUCCAAUAUAAUCAUGAGCAUACGACAAAUGUUCCAGCACACGAAGAGAUUGCAGAUGAUCAACAAACUUGGUUCUAUCGUUGGUCAAUGGAUCGUUUUUCAGCUGUCUAUGGUAUGAUAUUUGCACUUUUAUGUGAAUCAUUACGACAAACUGGAGUAUUAAAAGAUACUGAAGAUGAUCACUUAGAAUGCUUACUACCAUUACACAAUAAUAACAAUAACAGUAAUAAUUAUAAUGUUAACAAUAGGAAUUUCACUAUCGUUGAAAGUGAUCACGAGAAAAGAAUGAAAACUCAAAAUAAUUCGGCUGAUUACACUAGUAGUUAUCAUGGAUCAUCCAACUUGCUAUUCAGUAGAUCUGAUGAGUUCUUAAAUCAAUUAUUCACUCCUGAUGAUUCAUUGUAUGAAAUAAACAAGAAGUAUAAAAGAACUGUUAAUUCAUCUAUUCAAUAUUCUAAUCAUCAUAUGGAACAAGAAGAAAGAGAGAUUAGAAAUGAUGAUGAGGGGUUGAAUACUGUUAAUUUACCAUUACUGAAACCAACUACUCAUGAUAAAGAUUAUGUAGAGAAUUCGUAUUUAUUACGUGAAUUUCUAUGCAAAUGUUUUUCACCAUUGGGUUUAACUGUACUAGGGAUUAUCGGUUUGAUGUUUGCUUUUAUUUAUGUAUUUGCGUGCUCAAAUCGAGAAACCUGUUUACAUAUUCACGCCUACGUUUGUCUCAUCCCUAUCCUAUCAUAUAUCCUUGUGAGAAAUAGUUUCAGUUCAUUACGCAGAACAUAUAGUAUAUUCUUUGCUUGGAUUGGUGAUAUGUCAUUAGAACUUUUUAUUGCUCAAUAUCAUAUAUGGCUGUCAGCUGAUGCAUAUGGGAUUCUUGUUCUGCUGCCUGGUUACCCGUUAAUCAAUUUAGCUGUGACAUCAUUCAUUUUCAUAUGUAUAUGUCAUGAAGUACACAUCUUAACACGUAGAUUACAAAAGUAUGUCAUUCCUAACUCACCAUUGAAACUUGUGCGUAAUGUGUUAAUUUUUACACUAGUGUUUCAUUUAAUCACUAAUUCAACAUCACAAAUGAUUCAAUGGGAUUUUUUGUAA